UUCACUGUUUUAAACUAGCCUAAAAUCUAAUCAAAAUUUUAACCCCCGUUUACAAUUUUUUUUACUUAAAAAAUGUGAAUAAAAACACCAGUUAAUUUUGUGAUCUUAAUUAAAAAAUUGGCAUAUAUUAUUAAUGAUAUAAUCAAUAAUCAUGCACUAAGUCAGAUUGCACAUUCAUCCCUAAACAAAAUAUAAUUCGGUUUUGAAGUACAAUUCUAUCGCUUCAGGUUUGCAUACUUAUUGUAUGUUUGUAUUACAAUAGGCUAAAAAGUAUGGUCUUUGGAGAUUUUACAAUCCCCAAACACCGAAUUGCUGAGAUUUUAUUAUUCAUUAAAAAAAUUCUGUGGUCAUCUUAAGCAUUGAGCUUGUUGAGACUAGGUACAGCUUUUUACAGCAUAAAGUCAUGAUAAUUUUCAGCUAUGAAAUAAUGCACCAAAUUUUCCAUUUUUCAAUGGAAAAACAAAAUAUGUUAUUUUUUCUUGUGUGACUGUCAGACCAGUUUUAAAUACCAGCGACGGAUAGUUCAGUUGGUAGAGCACUGACUAGAGAUUAGGGGGCCCAGGUUUGAAAUCCAGUGUGGUCUAGCUGUCAUUAUUUCUCCCAUCCUGUUACAUUUGGUAACAUGCCACCCCCUAGAAUUGACUUAUUGAAUCAAGAAAUGUUCACUCAGUAAUCUGAUAUAUUGCACUUAAUGCAAACAGUUGUUAUGCUUGCAACACACCCCACCACUCAAUGGGUACAUGUACUAUCAAAUUUUAUUAAUAAUUCAUUUUAUCAAAAAAUCUUCACACGAUAAUCUGAUAUGUUGCAUUCCCAUCCCACCCCCACCCAGUAAUAGUACAUUUGUAAUACAUAAUACUUCACAAAUCUACAAAGGAGAGGAUGUAAACUAUUAAAUGAUUAAAUGAUAAAUUAAUAAUAUUUGGUUAUAGAUACAUGUAUGUAAUUAUGCAGGGUAGGGGGUCUUUACACCUGCAAGAAACAUCAUUUUUUCCAAACUGAAAACCAUGCACAUGGCUUACAGGAACUGAAUGUAACAUUAAUGUUACAGAUUUACAUGCAGUAUUUAGGUGAUUAAUAAAUCAGUCACUUCUUUUAUGUUUAUUAUCCAGUUACCAGUUGUACUAUUGAUAUGCAUGUUUUUAAUUAGCAUGCAUUGAUCUGAUUAAACAGACAGAUAGCUAGUGGAUGAUUCUUGUUCCAAGCAUUCAUUACUAGCUUCUUUGAUAUCAUUUUAUUGCUCAAAAAAUUCUCAUUAAUGUAUGCAGAUCUGCAUCUUUUUUCAUGAAUUUAAAAUUUAAUUUUAGUAUUGAGAUAAUAUGAAAACUCAAAGUUCCCAUGCAGUUAAACCCUAAAAAUUAUUUGAAUUAAUUUUGAUACUGAUCAUUUAUAAAGUAACCCACUGUAUUUGCAGAACAACAUGUAACUAUAUUAGAUGUGCAUGCUUAUUGUUUAAAAAAGAGUUCCAUUGAUUAUGACUUUCCCCUUAGAUUUUUUGGUCAGCCCCUUCCUCAAACAAAACAGAAUUGUUUAUUAUUAUCAUGUAUUAUGCCCUCCCUCGAAGAAGGGAUAUUGCUUUGCUGCUGUCUGUUUGUCGGUAGGUAUGUCUGUAUGUAGGUCCACCAACAGUUUCUGUUCAUUUUCAUCGCAGAGGAUUAAAAUAUUUGGUGUACAGGUUAAUCAUGAUAAUAUCUAAGUCAAGUUAGACAUUGAGUACAAUCAAGCAAUUUUCAACAGUUAUGCCCCUUGCACGUAGAAAAAUUCCAAUUAUUUGCAAUUUCCAUUUUUUCCUCACAGAUGUGAUAACAUGCUCUAAUAAUUUUUCAGAUACCAAAACUUCUGCAAAGCAAGAACUUGCAGAAAGGACCGAAGCACCCAAAGAUGUUGCUGUAGUGUCAGAAAAAGAUGGGAAAAGAGAGAGAAAAAUGACCUCAAAGAUGGAAGAGAGUACAAAGGAUGUCACAAGGUCCGCAGUAAAGCCUGCGAAAAAAGGCAAUCUGCAGACAAACGGAAAGAGAAAAAAAUCAAGUAAAAAAGAAUUGCCAUCAGCUUCAUGUCUUGAAAGUGUUGAGACAUUACCAGAUAAAUCAAAGAAGAAGAAAAGUAAGGACGCUUCCAUUAAAAAGGCAACAGAAAAAAAUAAGAAAGAUAUAUCUCAUGUUGCUGACAUAUUAAUGUCCUCGCUAAUGGAGGAGGAAGAUUCCAACAAUUCUUCAUCCCUGAAAAGUGGAUCACAAUCUACUGGAGACCCAAAACUAGCAAGCCAGCUUUCUUUGACAUCAUCAAGAUCAUCGUCUCCAACACCUUUAUUUUCUGCACAGCCAGAAACAGCGACAACCUCAUCAAGGACACCACAGUCAUCGUCGUCAUGGACACCACAUUUGUCCUCAUCAUGGACGCCACAUUCAUCAUCAACAUGGACACCUUAUUCAUCAUCAACAUGGACACCACAAUCCCAACCAGUAUCAUCCUCAUGGACACACCAUUGUGAAUCAUCAUGGACACAACAACAAUCCCAGUCACAUUUUUCACUCUGGACACCACAGCCCCAACAACAUCCAUCUUCAUCUUGGACAUCACCUCAGUCGUCAGGUACAUCGCUUCAUUCCCAGGAGGGUGGUUAUCAGUCCUCAAGUUCCUUAUCAGGAGAGGCUGUUGUAGUGUCAAUGGAUAUUGACAGACUUCAGACAAGCCAGACGUAUCAAUCCUCUUGUAGAAGCUGUGACCAAUUGAAAUUUAACAUAGAGACUCUGCAGCGUCAGUUAUAUGAAUUGCAGCAGACACACUCUGUCUACAACACCAGAUUAUAUCAGCUUGAACAGCAGGUGACACAAAUGAAGUCGAAUAUUCAAGGAACUGUGGCAGGCAUCAGUGGACUACAGGAUCAACAACCAACAGUUGAAGUAGUUUCAGAAAUUCUAUAUAAUGGAUUUACAAAGGCACAGCUGGAACAUGACCUUCCUAGCAGAGGAUGGAAGUCUGAUGCUAAGUGGCUGCUAAGGAUAAUGUUUUCAUUAGCAGAACUGAAAGGCCAUUCUAUAACUGGCCAUCAUGGCAGCAAAAAGACUGGAGCAGCUCGGCCCCCGUUAGAAAACCGAGACAAACUUCGAGUCCUUUAUGACAUCAUAAAGGAAAAGUAUCCUGGCCGAAUGAUUACAGACAUUAAUUUAGUGCUUGCUGAUGUGGUCAAACCGUCUGCAGCUGGGAUGUCAUCAACUCUUUAAAGGUCUAUUGGCAGCACUUGAUUUAAACUACCCCAUUAAUGGAUGGUUUGACAUUAUAUCUUAUCAUUAGAUCAUUUUGAUCUGAGAAAAUGGAAUUAGGUUCGGACGCUAAGAAUUUUAAUGUGUUUUUUUAAUUAUUAUUUACACAAACUCAGGAUAUGAAUUUUGCAUGUUAAUUUUUUUUGUAUGUAUAUAUUUCAGAUAAUAUUAUCUUCAUGUAUUUAAUAAUAAUUUUCCAUAUCUUGAUUACUGUGAGACCUUGUUAGUGUUUUAUUUUCAUUUGGAAGUGAUUCGGAAACCACUUGGAGGUUAACUUGGAAACCAUUCGGAGGCGACUUGGAAGUAAUUCGGAAGUUACUUGGAUAUUACACGGAGAAUGUAUUGAGCUGUUUGAUAUUUGGAAUUUAUUCGGAAGCAUUCGAAAUAGUGUUCCAAUACUCCAAAUUGUUAUUCAGAAAUUCCAAAUUAUGAUUUCCAAAUAAUUAUUCGGAAAUUCCAAGUCUGACUUGGAAUUUCUACACACGGGAUUGAUCGAACCUUAGUGACCGAAAUAGACAGGAAUGAAAUCUAGAUGCCUCUUUUAUCAAUUGGUUGAAACCACCAUUGCUUUUAGGAAAAUCAUAGACUGCAUAAAAUAAUAAUGAUGAUGUCAGACUCAAACUCCAAUAUGAGACAAUUUGUUUCUUUCUUUAAUCCAACGACUUAAGUACAUUAACUGUAAAUUCAUUUAACGAUAUAAUUUAGACACAAAAACACUUAAAACCAACAUGCUCUCAAAUAUCAGUAUACCUUGUAUUCCUACGCACUAUGAACUUGCGCGAGAGUUGGUGCGUGGCGCGACGUAACAACGCCACAGCCAGCGCGAAAUCACUGCGCGAAAAAAUAAUAUAACCAAAUGAUGAAAUGUACUGCAUGUUAUGUACUAUAAUUAAUGAAUUCUCAUGAAAUCUACACCAACAAGUAUUCCAUUUUAUUUGUAUUUCAUAAAUGUAUAUUCAUUCAUAUUUUUCUGGUUUUUUUCUUCUUUUUAAGAGGCUGGCCUUCACAAGCUUUUAUAAGAAAUAUAGAAUCACGAGGCAGUUCUUAUUUUUUUCCCUUUGUACA